AUGAAGCUCUCCAACACCAAGGUUUUGGCUGCGGUCGGCACCCUCAUCGCCAGCGCUAAUGCCUUCUGGCGCAUGGAGUGCCCUGGUCGCGUCGGCCUUGCCCGUAUCGAUCCUCUCAUGGACUUUGGCAAGGCCUCUACCCAUGUUCACGCUAUUUCUGGAUCCAAUGGCUUCUCUGCUACCUCCGACUUUGGUGACCUCGUUGCUGGCGACUGUACCUCCUGCCGUGUCAAGCAGGACAAGUCAGCCUACUGGCACCCGGCGUUGUACUUCCAGGACUCUACCACUGGAGAGUUCGAGCUUGUUGAUCAAGUUGGCGGAAUGCUUGCGUACUACCUUCUUAAUGGAAAGAAUAUCAAGGCAUUCCCGCCCGGCUUCCGCAUGAUUGCUGGCGACACUCAUCGCCGCAAUUACACCGCUGGAGACCCUUCCAAGCCCGACCCCCAGAAGUCCGAUUGGGCUAUUCUGGGCCAGACCUCCCAGUCUGUCCUUCGUCAGCGUGCCAUUGGCUUCAACUGCCUCAACUACGGCCGUGCCCCCGAGGGCACUCUGUACCGUCACUUCCUUCCCGACAAGGCUUAUCUCGAUGCCAACUGCGCUAAUGGCGUUCGUUUUGAGAUGAUGUUCCCUUCGUGCUGGAACGGAAAGGACCUCGACUCAACCGACCACAAGUCUCACAUGGCAUACCCCGACCUCGUCAUUGAUGGUACCUGCCCCGAUGGAUUCGAGACAUCGACCCCCAACCUGCUGUACGAGGUUAUCUGGAACACAUAUGCCUUCAAGGGCCGCUCUGGCCGAUUCGUCAUUUCCAACGGCGACACCCAGGGAUACGGAUACCACGCCGAUUUCAUUUCCGGUUGGGAGGAGGACUUCCUCCAAUCUGCUGUCAAUACCUGCACCAAUCUGUCCGGUCGCAUCGAGGACUGUCCCCUCUUCAGUCUCCAGGAUGAGGCCGAUUCCGUGCAGUGUGAGAUGAAGGUUCCUGACAUCGUCGCCAAGGAUAACGUCACCGGCCCUGACGCUCAGCUGCCUGGAAACUGCCCCAUCACCUAUGCUGAUGGAUCGUCCGAGGGCGGCAAUGCUGCGCCUGCCAGCUCCACCCCAAGCAUUCCGGCUCCUUCCGGUCCCGUCCUCACCUACAAGCCCGGCAAGACUGCUUCCGCCAACCCUCUCCCCGGCGAAGUCUUCCAGGAGACGGGCAAGAUUCCCUAUGGCUCGUCCAGCUCGGUUUCCAAGAGCUUCGUUGCUGAGGCCAUUGCCAACCCGACGCCCACUCCUCAGCCUACUCCCACCCCGGUCUUUGAGCCCGUCACCACAUCUACUCCAGCCAGCUCUUCUACGCCGGGUCAGGUUUGCGUGUCUACUCAAACGAUCACCGCCGCUAACACCGUCUCCAUCAUCUGCUGGGAGGAGGACAUUGUGUACGUCACCGAAUACGAGGACAUCACCGCGACCCUGACUGUGACUCCUACCCCCUCCGCCUCGACGCCCGCCAUGCGCGCCAAGCGUCACCUCCAUCAGCACCUUCACCACCACGUCUAG